GCAACACUUUAUGCCAACAGGCCGGUAUAUCUCUUUCUGUCACACUCUCUUUUAGUAGCCCUAGUGAAAAAGGGACAACUGCGGGACUGAAUUACAGUUUUUAUGUUUCUAUUAUUGCCUACCUGCAACUUCCCAUGGAAUGUCAGGAAGUAGCGGUGUGUCAGUUGCAAGUGUCAAACUUUUGUUGAUGUUUUAUAACUGGAAUUAAUUGAUAAAGUUCUGUGAGCUUCUUCCUUUUAGCAAAUCUUCAAUGAGACUAUAAUCCCACACAUCAUUUCACUUUAGUGCCUUAUUCGUGUUCAAAAGACGCAUCUUUAAAGGUUAUAUCGCAUAACCCUGUGGUUGUGUAAUGAUGCCGACCCAAAUGGUGAACCAGGACAACCAUGACAAUGAUGUGAAGGUGAAGACGGUGUACAAUGGUGAUGUGAUGAUCACAUACAUCAACCACACCAUCACGCUGGAGGAGUUUACGCAGGAGAUGAUUGCUAUCUGCCGUUUUACACCUGAUCAGGUGUUCACCAUGAAAUGGGUAGAUGAAGAAGGCGACCCGUGCACCAUUUCUACCCAGCUUGAGUUGGACGAGGCGCUGCGGCUGUACGAGCUGAAUCGGGACUCGGAGCUGACUGUACACGGUAGGUCCACUCGCCGCAACCCAGUUUGAUGGCUAUCGCAGAAGGUAACAAUUACAUUUACCAUAGAUGGCAGGAUCGUAUAGAUGUGCUAUUUUAUUUAAAAUUUGAUUCAGGCAACAAGGCCCAUAUUACAAAUACCUUACAGACUAACAUACAUAUACUCGUACAACUAUACCGCGAGCGAGAAAUUAAAAACACGUUUUAACAUUCCUGACAACAUACCAAAAACAACCCACGUAAUUUGGUCGGGUUAUUUGUUGCCCACCAUAAACCAUAUUAAAAUUAACGGUGGAGAAUACAAAAAUGAAACUGUGACAAGUACAAACAAUAAUAACGCUUUGUUUGCUACUCCUACUGAAAGAUACGUAAGACUAUCCCUUUCUGUCAGUUCCCCUCACCACUCAUGCCCAAUUCAUACUAAAUACUAGAUUCAUGACAUUAAGUCACUGCAGAACUCUGGAACUACAAGCAGGCCAAUUCGGACGUGCUGACCUCAAACCGAUAUUGGAAAGAUAUUGGACUUAUACUUCACUAGUCGUUCGCGCGUUCAUUUCGCUCAGACUCCGCACAAAUAGUAAUGCGAGCAUGACGCCCGCGCGAGUGACGGCUGACUGAUAUGAUUCCAAUAUCGGUUUUAUAUCAGAUGCACGUUCGAAUUGGCCUGUACCUCAGACGAGAACUGGUACGGGUCGGAAUGGUGAAACCAGUAAAGGCAGGAAAUAAUCGGUUCAAGAGUUACGGUUAAUGUAAAACUUCCAGCUGGCACAGUAGAUAGUAUAUUUGAAAAAAAAAAGAAAAUAAGUUAAUCGUAUGACUGAUUGAAAAAAAAAAUCGGGUUGCACUCCGGGAGUGCCGGCAGAAGUGAAAACUUGAAUAUUAACGUUGUGCAUUUUUGAUAUUUUGGAGAAAUGGAGUAGCAGUUAUAUAAAAGAAGAUAAUUAUACCUAUGUAAAUAAAUUUGAAUGCGAAUUGUAGUGUGUAUAUAACAUAUACAGAGUAUUCAUGAGACGUGAGCAGGACUACAGCCUACACAAUCAGUAAAUGUUAAUGAAUCGUUCACCAUCAUAUUAAGUAAUCCAAUCACGCUUCUUUUCUGUUAUUUAACUUUUUGGUAAGGAAAAAUUUGAGUAUCUACAAUCAUGGACACCCAACAACACAAAGAUACAAUACAACACAAUUAACAAAGAUUAAACCUCUUUAACCGUUAUGACAGCACUUUGAUUAUGAAGAAAAUAAAAUUUCACACUUGAAUGAGAUACGAUUUUUCAAAAGUAACCAAGUUUUGAUGACAUUCAAUUUGCACUUCACCAUGAUGUCAUGUGUCCGUCUUACGAAUUUUCAAUCUGACGGUCACGUGACCCUUGACGCGAGUUUAACAUUUUUUCCCCAUCACAAAAAGUGCACAGCGCCGCUAAAACUUUCACUUCAAAA